UAUGGAUGUUCGUAAAUUUAUGUACAUGUCUUGAGACGUUCGCGAUCAACUGUCAGGGAGAUGGGCUAUCUUCAAAGAGCAUCUCCCAUGCUGAAGGAGACACUACUCAAGAUACACCGCGCUGAAAAACCUCUCGAGAUUGAUCAACAUUUCUAUGAAUUCGGUUCGAUCCAAUAUCACAUCAAGUGUUCGGUAUCGGAUCCGAAAACGGUAUAUUUGUCGACAUCGACCUCACUCGACGCACAAGGAACGGCAACAACGUGCGAGGAGACGUCGACUGAGACGUACGAGGUGAUAAAGGGAAUCGCAAUGGGUGUGAUCGACAUUGUCGAACCGCCGGAAUUAGGGUUUCAACUUACUCUGAGGCUUCACUUUGACCAGAUGCCACGUGGCAAAGGAGCGUUGAAAAUAAUUACAAAAAUGUCGGAAAUGCAAGCGAUAAUAUUGAGCUGCCAAAUGAAAAUGAUGUUGAGAAACGCGAGUGUCCAAAUGAUGAAUAAACCCAUCAAGAUUGUUUAUCGCACCACAGAACCUUUCUACGUCUUCAAAAAGCCUCACGAAAUUACCGCCGUAUUUCCUAUGCGUUUCAAAGACCACACGGACGUGGUCAUUGCCACGUCAUUCUUCCAGGAACUUGUGGAAGUGGGAAACCAAAAGGAGAUGGGAAAGGCGCCGCAGUGCAAUUGGUCACCAAUCCCUCCUCCGGAACUCACAGGAGAACCUCUCCAUGACUUGUCCACUAAUGCUGGCUUCGUCUCUUUUGAUAUAACUUCACGGCACAUCGAGGGGGGAAAGAGAUUAGACAAUACAGUAUGGAACUUAUUGAACUUCUAUGCAUAUGUUAAGUACCACAUAAAGUGUUCGAGAGGGUUCAUUCAGAGAAGGAUGAGAAAGAGAAUGGAGAGCUUGGUCGAGGUCUUAAAUAACACAACGCUAGAAGACGAUGAGCCAAAGGAAAACAGAAGAUGCAAAUACGUGAAGCGACUCGGAAAGAUACCGAGAGCCAAGAUGGUGAAACAGAGAUGCAAGGAAAUGACAACAAGAGUCAAGAGAAGCAAAUUCCAUAUCAAAAUCAACGGUUGUGCCCGAUUUCGGCUUCUAUUUCACCGACGGUCCAUAUCUUUCCCCAAUUUUACAUCAAACUCCUCCGGUUCAUACAUAAAAUUGGACUGAUCUUAUAAUAUACAAACCAUGUAACCGACCGAAGGAGCGUUUCGUGUUCGGUAACUUUGUAGAUUUUGUAUUGUACGCAUGCAUGUACGCUGCACUGUUUGUGUGUAU